CCAUGUAUUCUCAUCAUGGAUUCCUUGAAGUUGUCUGUUCACGAACGUAUUUUCAAACUCUUGCGCGAAUACCUUCAGGUGGAGUGGGAGACAAAAAGAGGUGGUUACCGUGACUUUAGUGUUGACAACAUGAUAGGCUCCCACUGUAGAGUCCCCCUACAGGACAACAGCAGUGACUGUGGCCUUUACCUGCUACAAUAUGCAGAAAGUUUUUUGCAGGACCCUGUGUUACACUUUGACUUUCCAUUGAGAUUGGAUCACUGGUUUUCGCGGCAAAAGGUGCGAGGUAAACGGGAGGAGAUUCGAGACCUGAUCCUACACCUGUACAGAUUUCAGCAAGGCUCUCUGGGAAGUGAAGCUCUAGAAGAUAGGACAGAUUAUGGAAAUGUCAUUUAGUGAUGUAAAGUUUUUAGAUUCACACGAUUAUUUUACGCAAUAUAUUUAUAUUUUAACUGCUUUUUAACCUUUUAUAUUAAUUUUAUGCUUUUGUAUACAUUGUUGGAAAAACUUUAGAGACAAAUAAAUGCAGAUAAAAUGA